GCCCUACCCCUCCGGCCCAGACCGGAAAUGAGGUCAGAGAGAGAAGCCCGGGCGGUGAGAGUCGGCCCAAAAAGCGGCGGCCGUUGGAGGUGGCUGCGGCAGCUGAUGUGGCCUCAUGGAUGAGCUGGUACACGACUUAGCCUCAGCCUUGGAGCAGACAUCUGAGCAGAAUAAGCUUGGUGAACUGUGGGAGGAGAUGGCCCUGAGCCCCCGACAGCAGAGGCGGCAGCUUCGGAAACGCCGAGGUCGGAAGCGUCGUUCUGACUUCACUCACCUGGCAGAGCAUACCUGCUGCUACAGCGAGGCCUCUGAGUCAAGUCUGGAUGAGGCCACUAAGGACUGUCGAGAAGUGGCUCCGGUGACCAAUUUUAGUGACUCUGAUGACACAAUGGUAGCCAAACGACACCCAGCUCUCAAUGCCAUUGUUAAGAGUAAGCAACAUUCUUGGCAUGAAUCUGACUCCUUUACUGAAAAUGCACCUUGUCGACCACUCAGGCGCAGGCGGAAGGUGAAGCGAGUGACAUCAGAGGUGGCUGCUAGCCUUCAGCAGAAGCUGAAGGUGUCAGAUUGGAGCUAUGAGAGAGGCUGCAGGUUCAAGUCUGCUAAGAAGCAGCGUCUGUCCCGGUGGAAGGAGAAUACUCCCUGGACCUCAUCAGGUCACGGAUUGUGUGAAUCAGCGGAAAAUAGGACUUUCCUAAGCAAAACAGGAAGGAAAGAAAGGAUGGAGUGUGAAACAGAUGAACAAAAACAGGGCUCUGAUGAGAACAUGUCAGAAUGUGAAACCAGCAGUGUGUGUAGCAGCAGUGACACUGGGCUCUUUACCAAUGAUGAAGGGCGACAAGGUGAUGAUGAACAGAGUGAUUGGUUCUAUGAAGGAGAAUGUGUCCCAGGAUUCACUGUCCCUAAUCUUCUGCCCAAGUGGGCUCCUGAUCAUUGUUCUGAAGUAGAAAGGAUGGAUUCUGGAUUGGAUAAAUUUUCAGAUUCCACGUUCCUUUUACCUUCUCGGCCAGCUCAAAGAGGGUACCAUGCUCGCUUGAAUCGUCUACCUGGAGCGGCAGCUCGAUGCCUCAGAAAGGGGCGAAGAAGGCUGGUUGGGAAGGAUACCAGCAUAAACACUUUGGGGACUGAGAGGAUAAGCCAUAUCAUUAGUGACCCUCGGCAGAAAGAAAAGAAUAAAGCGUUGGCUUCUGAUUUUCCUCACAUUUCUGCUUGUGCACAUGAGUUCAAUCCCCUGUCUCCCCUUUACUCCCUGGAUGUUCUUGCCGAUGCUUCUCACCGAAGGUGUUCACCAGCACACUGUUCUGCCAGACAGGCAAAUGUACAUUGGGGACCACCAUGUUCACGUGACAUCAAGAGGAAGCGGAAACCAGUGGCCACAGCAUCUUUGUCUAGCCCCAGUGCAGUUCACAUGGAUGCAGUGGAGCCAACCACACCAGCAUCACAAGCCCCCAAAUCACCCAGCUCUGAGUGGUUGGUGAGGACCUCUGCAGCAGAGAAAGCCACAGACGCAACUACUGCUACAUUUUUUAAAAUGCCACAAGAAAAGAGCCCUGGAUACAGCUAGAGAGCAAGACUUCACCCUCCAGGAGCUGACUGGGUGUUGCUGAAGCAAAUGUUGGACUUUGUGUUAGAUAGUCUUGCAUAUCUUAAUCGACAUUCCCAGUCCUUUCACCACCAGAACCAACUCCUCUUUCAAACACAGCAGUGGAUUCUUUCUCUCAGAAGAUCAUGUUGUGGGAAUCUUUUUUUUUAAAGUAAAAUAUUGAGGCAGCAAUUUUUUACAAAAAGGUCAUCCUCUGCUCUAUUUGUUACCUUGUUAUUGCUGUCUCAACAUUUACUACAGCUCCAUUUACAGAGCUGUUGCUUUUUUGCAGUUGUCUUUGUUCUUGAAAAACCAGUAACUGCUUCUGCAUACCUUUUGUGUAGAGCUUUUAAUAUCAUUUGAGGAAGUUCGAAAUUUGUAGCCAGUUCCAAACAAAUUUAAAUACUGAGUUGAGGCCUGUAUGGAAUUGUGUUCGCAGGAGAUAAGGCUUGCCUUUGAGCCUACUCUUGAUUCACGCAGAGUGCCAAUAAGAUAAAUCGACCAAGUUUUGGGGCCUCAAAAGAGACACCAGCAAGUGGGCCUUGAGAACUUCAAUUUUUUUUGCAGAUUGUCUGCAGAAACUCAGACAGCUCAUCAUCAUCAGCAGCUGUAUUGUAUUUUACCUCAUCUUCAGAGUUUCUGUUCUACUGAAAGAGGACAUGUGUAUAUACACACACACACAGAUUGGUGUAAUGGAGAAGAUGGUUUAGGUAUACAGCAAGUUUAAAAUAGUCAGUGGAUUGUGUCUUACUACUUCAUGUCCCAGUGUGAGCCUUUAUGUCCUAAGCAGGACUUUAUUGUUAGUAUUAUAGGUUAAUAACCUGCAGCAGAAAUUCAUACUCUAUUAUAAUAAUGGCUUCUUGGGGCCAUGCUUUGGGGAGGUAAAUUGUCUUUUUGACAGGGCUUUAUACUUGGUGUGUUUAUGAUGGCCCAGCUGCAUGUGGAGUUAUAUAUACAGUCGUGCCUCAAGUUGGAUGCUACUUUGUCAAAAUGAGAAAUAAGUGAUGGCCUGGAGCUGCUGGAGAGAAGCCAUGCUUUCUAGAAAGUAUUAUCAAGAGUGUCUGUCAUUCAUUCAGGGGCCUGGCUGACAAAAGGGCUCUUUUUUUUAUACCAAUGAGUAUGUUUACUCUGAAAUACAUAGAAGCUCUUGGUGAAGUGCUCCCUGCUCUGGUCACAUUGUAGAGGGACUCGCACUCAUGCACCUGCUUAUUUUCUGUAUUAAAUAGGUGCGACAUGGGGCAGCACCCCCUUCCCCUAAAGUGCGAUUGCCCCUGUUUCCCGUACGAAGUGUAAUGAUGGGUUGCUUUAUCAUAUUCCCUUUUAAAAUUAUAGUCCUUAUCAGUGGAAACUCCAGAUUUCUUUAUCGAAGGGAGGUGGGUGGGCAUGAAUUUAGUUGGAAAAGGGGACUUGAAGCUAAGUUUACAUGGCACUUUAAGACUGAGAACAUGUCAAUUGUUCAUAAUCAGGAAUAUGGUAGAGGGAGAGCAGGUGGAGAUGAUGGGACGGGAAAGUGCUGAAACCAGCCCAGCAUGCCCGUGAGUCGCCUCUGGUUCUCACGCAGCAGUGUGUGUGCUCACAGGGACGUUCCACCCCUGGUUCUCAUGCGGUAGUGUGGGAGAGUGCUGAAGCUGGCCCAGCAUGCCUCUUAGUUGCCUCUGGUUCUCAUGCAGCAGUGUGUGUGCUUACAGGGGUGGAGAUGAUGGGACGGGAGAGUGCUGAAGCUGGCCCAGCAUGCCUCUGAGUCACCCCUGGCUCUCAUGCAGCAGUGUGUGUGCUUACAGGGACUUCCCAGGCUGCACUUUCCUUCUCUGUGGGCUGCACCCAUAGAAGUAUAGAAAAUAUAAUGUCUGUUGAAUAUAAAAUGGUACCACUGAAUUGUUUUAGUGAUGAGGUUAGAUUUUGUUGUCAUGUGCAUUGUCACCAUAGUGACCCAUGGCAUAUAUUUUUAACAUACUUGGUUGGGUUUGAGAGAAAUCUGUGGACAUAAUUUUUUGUUUGUGUCAAGCUCUAUGACUCAUGCAGUGAUUGGUCCCAUGAUCAUGGCAUAUUAGUGAAAACCUCCAAAGGUCAGGUGGCCAAGGUGUUCUCACAUUUUUUCUAUAUAACUUGUUCCUAAUAGUCUGCCUUUCUACCUAUGAUUAAAAAUAACUUUUAUAUACAACAUUAUUUACAUUUCAAACACCUCUACGAAGUCAUGCCAUUUUAAGGAGAUGAAAACAGCCACAGAGUUGAGUGACUUGCUCCAAAUCACAUAACUAAGCUAGGACUAGAAUCCCAGACUUUCAGAUUUUCUCUGCCCUGGGUUAUAAUCUCUUGUUUUUCAGUGAUAGACCUGAGUCAGUCUGAGAUGCUUAUUUAUGAAACGAUAUACCAUGAAUAUUUAUUAUCUUUCUUGGGCAUGCUUUUCUACACAUUUUGAAUACUUUCAAUAGGGAUUACCCAAGAAUGCAACAUCUACCUGUAAUAAAUGGGGAGAAAAUUAGUUGCCUGAGAGAAUAGAAUGUUAAGCACACAAAUACUUUCCAGCACAGGGUUAUAAAUUGUGCUCCUCAUUUUAAGGUGCUGUAUGUGCAUGUUUAAAGAAUUAUUAAUCAAUGUACUCUGCUUGCUUUCUGUAUUAACCAGUUCCAGAGGAUAGCCUUAGAAAUGAGUGUAUUUUGAAUCUUAAAGUUUCUUUAUAUGCAGCACAGUGUAUAAUGUCAUAAGUUAAGAAAAAUCUAUUAUCUUUCAAAGAAGUUACAUAGUUUCAAAAAUCAGGUUUUGUAAUCAGUGUUGAAAAAACUCUGAAAUAUGACUUACUUUGAGGAUGAUCCUUGAGCUCAUGUAUUUGAUCUGCUCAAAAGUAAUAACUAAAGUUGAGUUAAACAGUUUUUAUUUAUUUCAGGGUUCUGAUUUUUCUCAGCUGGCUACACAAAUGGCCUGUCUGAAUCCUAAUUUUGUGUGUUUUCCACGAUGGGCAGAAGUCAGAACAUUAUCUGCGUCUGUGAGGAUCAUUAAUAAAAAGUUAGUUUUAAUUAUGAGUUUAAGGGAAUUUUAGAUUAUUUUUCAGAUGCGGUAUUUUAAAGGAACGAAACUCUUGUGUUGCCUUUUGUUGUUGUUUCCUAGAGACAGGUUCUUGAUCUGUCACUCAGACUAGAGUGCAGUGAUGUGUUCAUAGCUCACUGUAACCUUGAACUCGUAAGCUCAAGCCAUCCUCCUGCCUCAGCCUCCUGAGUUGUGAGGACUGUGGAAGUGUGCCACCACUCCUGGCUAAUUUUUUAAGUUUUUGGAGAGAUGGGGUCUUGCUCUGAUGCCUGUGCUGGUCUUGAACUCCUAACCUCAAGCAAUCUUCCUGCCUCAGCCUCCCCAGGUGUUGUAAUAAUAUAGGUGCGAGCCACCAUGCCCAGCCUUGUGUUGCCUCUUGGUAAGAAAUAAUAAAAAGAAAUUAGUAGCUUGUUUACCUGGUACCAGAUUUGGAGGGGGCUGAGUAUAAUUUUUACUGAGUGGUAUGUGUGGUUGUAAAAUAGGUCACAUUUAGCCUUGAAUUGUUUAGAAAUCACAUGCAAUUCAAAAUUGAAGAGGACAUUGCUGGGCUAUGAAGUAGGCUACUAACAAGGCUAUUUUUGUAGCAAAAUGGCCAAAAGCUGAAAUAAGUCUUCUUAGUCUGUGAUGCUUGUAGCAUCCUUUGUUAAGUAAAGCACAACACCUUGGACAAGUAACUAGUUAUGACUUCCAAGUAGAUUGAUAAUAGCCUUGCAUUUUGGAGUUAGAGACACUGUAGCUGUAUCUAUAUACCCAUAAUAUAGCCUGGGAAGUUCUGUUGCUGCAGAGUUAUCAUUAAAGUCACUUGGAAUUGAAAAAGAUACAGAGUAUUGAGACAGGAACUAGGCUGGCACAGUCAUUGCUGAUGCGAUGGGUUCUCCACUUUGGCUCCAGGCGAAGGCUCCUGGUGGUGAUGCAUGGUUGAUUUCAGGUCUUUGUUUCAUUUUGGCUUCAUUACUGUGGUUCUGAGCCACACCGAUUUUUCCCCCUGGGGAGAAGACCACGUAAAAAUCUCAGCAUUAGAAGCUGUGUUCAGUGCCCUGUAUGUCUUGUGAACCUUAUCUGAGCUGGGCUGAGAGCAGAGUGGCUUACUCUAGCAGCUGUGGAUGCAGUCUAGUUGGAGGCAUGGCUUGGAGGAUGUCAUGGUUCAUGCGAUGGUUGGAGGGAUGGUAAAAGCAGUUAGCUCUUGUCAGCUGCUUCCCUCUGCUAGUGCUUGAGCUGCCAGUUUUAUUUGUCAGUAUUUCCUUAUCUCUCACUCCUGUUGUGAAAGGUCAGAGUUACUGUCACUGGCAACAAUUUCUCCCCUUAGAAGAAAACUGGUACAGAGGGAAAGGGUGAGGAAAAUGGUGAGUUCUAUCACUCAGAACUAAAUGCAAGUGGCACAGAGAUGCUUUCUCCUGUGUUAACGUCUCCAAAAGAUGAACAUCAAAUGCUCGGAAACAGCAACAUCAAAAAGAAGGAAGAUGAGAAGUAUUGUUGAAGAGUAGGGACUACAGGGUUUUUUUUUUUUUUUUGAGACGGAGUCUCGCUCUGUCGCCCAGGCUGGAGUGCAGUGGCGCAAUCUCGGCUCACUGCAAGCUCCGCCUCCCAGGUUCACGCCAUUCUCCUGCCUCAGCCUCUCCGAGUAGCUGGGACUACAGGCGCCCGCCACCACGCCCGGCUAAUUUUUUGUAUUUUUUUUAGUAGAGACGGGGUUUCACCGUGGUCUCGAUCUCCUGACCUCGUGAUCCACCCGCCUCGGCCUCCCAAAGUGCUGGGAUUACAAGCGUGAGCCACCGCGCCCGGCCGGGACUACAGGGUUUUUAACAAGUCCAGCAAAACAAACUUAUGGCCAAAAGAAGACAUUUUUCUAUCACUGCAAGUAGACAUAUUUUUCUAUCACUGCAAGUAGACAUCAUAAAUGCUUGGUAAAAUUGCCAGAUUUAGGGAAUAAAAAAAUUUUAAAGUACAGUAUCGAAGAAUGGGGCAUGUCCUGAAGACAUUCAGCAAAGAAGCAAUCUUGGCAAGGUGGAGAAGUGGGAAGCAGCGGGGAAAGGGAGAUGCCCAGAGCAGGAAUUCUAAACGUGUGGUCCCUAGGCCAACAGCAUCAGCACAUCUUGCCCUCACCAGACCUACUGAAUCAGAAACUCCCAGCGCAAGGCCCAGCAGUCUUUAAACAAGCCCUCCAGGGGGCUUUGGUGCAUGCUCAAGUUUGAGAACCAUAGGCUUUGCCACAGUUAAAAAGAUGUUUUAAUGGACUGGUCUCCUCCUAAGCUCUGAGGUACUCUCAUAUUCCCUCCAUAAGUAAAGAGGGUUUUUUUUUGUAUAAUUCUUUGCAGAAACUGUUAAUGUCUUUAUUUCUCAUAUUUUUUUUCCCCUACAAGCUCCUGAAAGAUCUUUUUGAAAAAUUGACAAAGGAUGCUAUCAAGGGCUAUGUUUAGGUGGAUGGAAAUAACCUUUUGAAAAUGGAAAAAGCCUCGGUGUGGUGACUCACGCCCAUAAUCGAACACUUUGGGAGGCCAGGGCAGGAGGAUUGCUUUAUCGCAGGAGUUGAAGACCAGCCUAUGCAACAUAGUGAGACCUUGUCUCUACAAGAAAUUUUAAAAAUUAGCUGGCUGUGGUGGUGCAUGCCUGUGGUCCCAGCUACUUGGGAGGCAGAGGCAGGAGGAUCACUCGAGCCCAGGAGGUUGAGGGUGCAGUGAGCCAUGAUCUGGCCACUGCACUCCAGCCUGGGUGACAGAGCGAGACCCCGUAUCAAAAAAUAGAUAAUAAAAUAAAAAUGGAUAAAAAUAUAACAAUGAAUUAUUAGUCUAUGAAUGAUAGUCAUUUUUCACAAUUGGCAGUAAAAAUGUGAUUUGUGUAAGGUAUGAGUUUACCAUAUUUGUUCGUUAGAUCUUAGUUUCAAGGGAAAAUAUCAUGUAUUUUCCAGCAUGAUAAUGAUGAAUCAUUUAAAGUACGGCUCAUAAAAAUGAAAAAAAAAUAUUGGAAGAAAAAAACACCUUGGGUACAUAGGUGUGAAAUACCUGUUGAGUUAUUGGUAAUCUCUUGCUAGGACUGAAUCUCAGUACUUCAGAGCAUGUAAAAAUCAAUUUUCUGUGAUCCCACUUAAUCAUAUCGUGUUGUCUUUUUUUAGAUUUCAGCUAGCAAUUCUGCAGGGGUUGGAGACCAAUAGCAAUAUCAUGCUUUUUUGUUGUUGUUAUUGUCUGACUCGUGGAUCCAGCAUUUCAGAAUAUGGUACUCUAAUCUUAAGGCUUUGAAAAGAAAAGCAUGGCCAUUUUUUCUUCAUAUUUUACUUGUAUUAAUUGGGCUGGGUCCUAACUGGUUGCUGGAGCCCAGAAAUCCAAGUUCUGUCUUUUCAGGGAAUAUGCAUAGCUAAAGAGUUCAUUGUGUUUGCACAGGUAUACUAGGAGUUCUCAUUUCCUCAGAUGCCCAUGUGUGUAGGCUCUUAAGGUCUCAUUUCAAUUUUUGCAGUCUUUUACAACACCACACAAUUUUUCUUUUCCAUCUUGAAGACCAGUUAAAACUACCUCUGGCCAAAAAUGUUAGUGUUACUAGAUAUUAUCAAGGUGUGAGACCAAAAAGUUAGAAGGCUUUAAGAUGUGAAUUAUAUAAGUUAAUGUUUUCUUUCUCUAAAAGUUCUGACCCUUGCUGACCCCUCAUUCAAAUGUUUUUAAUUGAAAGGGGAAAGAAAAUAUCAGAGAACUUAAAGAUGGCCUUCGUGACUUUGACUCAAAGUCAACGCAUUUCAUUAUGUGUAGGUCCUACACCUUGCUUCCUCAAGCGGGCCAUGAAAAAAAUCUCAUGACCGUGCAAACUGAUGCUACCCCAAAAUCAUGGUAACGAUUUGAAUUGCUCUCAGUAUUGAUCUCAAACUGCCUCCUGUUGUCAGCAGCUUAUUGCAAACUGGCCAUUCUAAACCCUUUUACCCCCACCUUCUCUCAAGCUCAGCAGUUAAUCCCAGCCCUCCCCCCACCACAUUACAGCCUCGGGCAGAACUUCCCACUUAGACACCCACACACACACCCUUCCUUAUCUUCGUGCCAGUGCCUGUCCUGCCCAAGACGAAUCCCUUUUCCUGUGCCCUAGGACCUCUCCCUUGAUAAAUGACUUGAUCUAGCUACAGCCUCAUACUCCUGGCACAUUCAGCAUUGCAUUUAAACAUGUUCAGAUACUCCUGCUUCAAACAAAAGACUUUUCCUCAACCCUUUGAAAGCCUGAGUACCACUAAAGUAUACUGCCCUUAUCUGCACUCUGUCCAUUCUGCAGUCCACUGAGGCAGUGGUUUUUAACCCUGGCUGCAUGUUAGGGUCACCUGGGAAGCUUUAAAAAGUCCUAAUCCCUGGACUGGACCACAGAACAAUUAAAUCAGCAUGGGGAGGUGGGGAUGGGUUUCAGUCUUUAAAAAGAAGUGUAGCUGAGGCUGAGAACCAUCACUCUAAAACCUGGCUGCUACCCUUGCUACCAUUAAAACUGUUCUUGCUGGAUUCACCAGUGACUUCUACUGUCAAACUUUAGCCCAUAGGUUGAUUUUUAUGGUACUGAUGCUAUAAACCACUUCCUUCUUUGGAAUGCUCCCUUUCCUGACCCUACUUUCCUGAUUUUUUCCCACUUCUUUGCUCUUUCUCAGUUUCUCUGGAGUUGUUUGGUAGAUCAGUCUAGCACAGACUGGAUGCUGGUCUCUGCCGCCACCUCCGUUACUUCAGUGAACACCUGUAUGCCAGUGAGUUCCUUUGCCAUUACCACCUUAAUGCACCAACUUAAAAGCACAGAUUAGAGUAAAGCAUUCACAUUUAUUACUUACUGCAGGCUUCUAGGAAAGCAUAUUAAAGGUCUCUGGUCCUCUCACCUCCCUUGUUCCUCCUUCAAGCACAGUGAGGUAGGAGGAAUUGCUAAUUAGAUUAGUGAGAUUCUAAGGUGGGUCACUUCUGUUUACUUAUGAGAUGCUAUUUAUGAAAAGAUGGCCUGGACUGUGUUCCCUCUUCUGCUUUCUCCUCUUCAGGGUCUUGGACUGGUAAGGGGGCCUGUGCCCAAAAGGGGCUCCUCCACCUAAUGCUGUCUUUAAUCUGUGGCUUUCUGCUGCUGGUUAAUUUUUUAAUUUGGCUUCCUCAUGCCUUUUUGGCUGUGAACUUCGUGUUGAUUUUUAUCAAAGAAUUUUUUAUUGGGGCAUCAGCACUAGCCCUAUGAAUACAGUGAAACUUGGGGUUCCACUUUCAUUAGAAGUGACCCUGUGUGUUCCUGAUGUCUUUGAAUCACUAGUUUCUGAUUCAAAAUAUGGGGUAGGUGGAUCUGAUUAGUAGUCAUAUGCCUGUGGUCCUGGCUGGGAAGUCAGAAUGAGGUUAUCUGGAAAGUUGAGCUUCCUCACACAUAGGAAGGUACUUCAGAUGCUGGACAGCCAAUAAGAAUAACAAAGGUCCACCAGAACCUUUGCCCCAGUCACUGAUUGAACAAACAUUUACUGAACACUGAUGAAGCCAAGUCCUCCUCGGGGACCUCUUAGGGAAGAGGGUAACUGCCCUAAAGCAGAAUACUCCUGGGCCCCUUAGAUAUACUAUCCUUGAGACUACUAGGUCCCUGUCCAGAGUACCUAAUAAUAAUGGCAAAUAUGUACUUAGUGGUCUGCCAUUUGGAAACAUCUCACUUAUUCAGCAACUCUAAAGGUAGGUACUUUUAUCUUCGUUUUAAAACAAUGAAAUAUGCUUAUAGUUACAGACAAACUUGCUCAAGUCAUAUAUCUAUUGUCAGUCAAGAUUCAGAUUCAAGUCUGUUUGAUGUUAAAGAGUGUUCCCAACCAAUACCUCUGCUGCCUCUUUUUACAAACUGAACUGUUGGAGGGCAUGUACGUAUGCAUAAGCUAUGGGGCCACUGGGCCAUGGGCCAGUGUCUGAUGAGACCUGUUUAUUGACUUGCUUCUCCUGGUGGGCUGUUUCUCUACCAGGCAACUGUGAAUGGGCUCAUCCCUUCUCUGUGCGUACAUCAUUGAAAGGAGAUAGCCGGUUUCUGUGACAUCCUCUUACAACAACCUAGUUUUGUUCUUGAGAGUGACCAGAGCAAGAGAAAAGUCAGUGAGAUCCUGCAAACCUAUGGCAAUAAAAAGGUAUUGUUCUUUGUGUACCAAGGCACAACUGGUUCCUAAGCUAGGAGGAUAUGUGUUCUGAGAUGUUAAUGUUAGUGAUAGACUGUUUUCAACACCUUGGUAAACAUUUCUUUAACUGUUAGCAAAAGCUGCCUUAACAAUCUUGGCUUUUAGAAAUGCCCCUUCAUUCAUCAGAUGUGUAUAGAACACAUUUGAUGCCAAGCACUCUGCUAGGAGCUGGGUAUACGGAGAAGGAAGGCAUUCCUGCUCUCAUGAUGUUCAUGGUCUUCUGAGGAAGAGAUCAGAAAAGCAAAUAUUACAAUGUAGAAUGAAAUAAGAAUGACAGGAUAUUUUGGCAGCAAGGAGGAGGGCACUUUAACUCAAACUGGGCAGUGGAAGAAGUAAAAAAAAAACACUGAAUGAAAUCCUGAAGGAUGAGCAGGAGUUAAGAAGAGUGGAUGAAGCCCUCCAAGGGUAAGAGCAUGGUUUGUUCAGAGCACUGCAAGUGUUUUAGUAUGGCCCACAUGUAAAGCUUACAGAGGAACAGAGAGAGGAAGGCAAGAGACAGGAAGUGAAGGGUCCUGUGUAUACUGGCUUCCUUAUUGAGUUGGAGAACUAUUGCAGUAUACCUCUGCUAAGCUCAGGGUGCAUUCGUGGAAACCCUACUGCAACUGGCCCAUUGUGCAUACAAAGCUGGAACUGAGAUGUGAACAGAUUUGCAUUGCCUUGUUCACCUUCCGUGGGAAAUAUAGCCAGGCCCACUUAUUGGUAAGAGCUACUGACAUGUUAAAACUAGGUUAAACUGAAUUGGAAGUAAUGCUUUAUUUGGAAUCAUGGCUGACUGAUUCCAUUACAUAUUCUAGCAUGAUACCAGUCUGAGGUUAUUCCCCUUGAACCACCGACUUAGUAGAGUACAAUGCACAAUGUGAUUGUGUUAGUUCCUUGUACUAUUCUUCAGUGACACAGUUGUUCAACUACCAGUUAAGUUUUUUGGGCUUUGUUUCUCAGUAGUGACAAUAAAUUUGUGUUGAUCUAUUUACACCUUUUGGACUGAACACCUUAGCAAUCUUUGAUACUUUAAGCCUACAGAAAGUGCCCAUGGGAUAAAACCAAUCUGCUGGCUCACACUAAGUUCUGAUCCCAUGAUUUUGGUCUCAUUAAUACUAUACUGUAAAAAAAGUUAGCUAAAUCUUUUGAAACUGCGUAAAAGUGAAAUAAGUGUGAGUUUUGGGCCAACGUUUUUCCUGAACAGGUUCUGACUGACCAGCGUUUUAAAUUAGGCGAUGUAGUCUAGCUUUUGUACAUAGAAAUAAGAAAGUGACUUUUAUGUUCCAUUAUUAAAAUAGUAUAGGGAGGACAGGUAAAUAUACUAAUUUUUCAUUGCUCAUAGUAGAGAAGGUAUAUUGACUAGUGAAACAGAGGAUUAUGGGGAUCAUAUGAAAACAUGAUUAAAGAGAUUAUCACUAGAAGAAAAAUUCAGACUGCUAAUUAUGAGAAAAAACAUGUAUGCACAAUCAAAUCACAAAAAUGAAAGAUGUCUAAAACCAUAGAAUAGGAACAAAUGUACUUGUCAUAUUAAUAAAAGUAAACUUACCUGUAGAUAAAAGGCAAAAAUGUCAGCAAACACUAAUUUCAUGUUAUAAGAUUCAGAAAGGUUGAGCAAAAGUAAGCCAAGCAAACACAAACAAGAAAAUGAGUUGUAGUCUGCAUAUCAGGCAAGGUUGAACUUAGGGAAAAAGAACUGGGAAAAAAAAAAAAAAAAAAAAACACUACAUAAUGCUAAAGGAUGUGACUCACGAGAUAAUAAUGUUUUGAGAUAAUCUGUGUACCAAAUAAUGGAAAACCAUUUAUGUAUUGGAAACCAUAGGAGACACAGGAAGAAACAGAAAUACAAUGUUAGUUGGAUAUUUUAAUUCAAUUCUGUCAAUUCAUGACAGAUCAAGUGGAUAAAAAACUAGGACAUGGGAUGAUUUAAAUAAGAUACAGAAGAUCUAGUUGAUACAUAUUAGACUUUUACCCUAAAAAUGAUAACUACACUUUAUCCAUGAGACAUUCCCCCAUUUGACUGUGUAUUAGAGCAUACAGAAAACAUAAGUUUCAGAACAGAGAAAAGGAACAACAGAUGGCAUUUGAUGAUAAAAAUGCAAUAAACAUAGAAUUUGAGAAUAAGUGGUCAGAAAAAAAAGUGCAAUAAAUUAAAGCCAGAAAACACUGCUCAUCUGCAAUCCAAAAUGUUUUUAAGCUCUUCAACUAUUCUUGGGUUGAUUAGGAAAUGCAAAGCAUUAAACAAGCAUUUCAUAUCCAAAGUAUAAACUUGUUCCUCUGAGAUACAAAUAAAACAGUGCUCAGAGGAAAAUUCAUUGCCCUAAAAUUUGUGUAUUAAAAAAUAAGAUACAUGUUGUAUAACUCAAAAUAUUAGGAAAAGGAAUCUUUUAAAAGCAGGCUAAAAGAAUCAAGAAAAAUUAAUUAGAAAAAUGAGGAAACAGAAUUAAAGCUAAUUUUUAAAAUAUGUAGUAAAAUAUGUAACAUUUUAGCUAACAUUACAAGAAGAGAAGACAAAAUAAGAAUUACCGGGUACUGAAUAAGAGCCAUAAAAUAUACUUUGCUCAACUGUAUGCAAACAAUUUAAAAACUUGGAUUAAAUGGAUAAUUUUCUAGGAAGGUAUAAUUUGCCAAAAAAUGACAUCAAAAGAAAUCUAAUGUAACAAUUGUCAUAGAAGAAAUGAAGUAUUUCAAUUAGCAUGACAGACUAAAUACUUUUAAAGACCCUACCAAUGAAAACAAAGAAAUGCAUUUGGAGGAUUAACAAAAAUUUUUUUAUUUUACAUUUUAAAGCAUGAAAUGGAAUUUAUCGUAAAGACAUGUAUUUUAUAGAAUCCAAGCAAAAGCUGACCAGCCAGAGAUAAAGUGAGGCCAGCUCAGGGAAUGCGAGCAGUGGCAAUUUAUUCCCUCUGGUGUUCCAUGUUAGCCUGACACAGAGCCCCCUCUUCACAUUCUCAGGAGCUCUUGAUCCAAAACCUUUUAAAAAAAAAUAAUUUUAGACUUAACAGAAAAGCUGCAAAAAUAGAUUUCCUCUGUACCCCUCUCUCAGCUUCUCCUAAUGUUAACUUACAUACCAAUGGUACAAUUAUUGAAAGUAGGAAAUUAACAUCGGCACAAUCCUAUUAAGUACAUACUUUAUUUGAAUUACAGCAGUUUUCCCAGUAAUGUUGUUUUUCUGGUUUGGUAUUCAAUCCAGGAUCCAUAUGUACUUGGGUCUUUCUGGGUUUUCUAUUCUGUUCCACUGGUCUACUUGUGCAUGGUACCACACUGUUUUAAUUAUAGAGACUUUCUAGUAUGUUUUAAUGACUGGCAAGGCUAGUCCCUCUUAUAAUUUUUCCUAUUUGUUGUGCUUCUGGCUAUUCAUACAUGUUUGUUUUUCCAUAUGAACUUCAGUAUCAACUUGUCUAAUUCAUUUUUUAAGGUACAUUGAUAUUUUAUUGAUAUUACAUGAUAUUAACUGAUUUAGGGAGAACUAACAUCUUUAAAAUGUGGAGUCAUCCUAUCCAAGAACAUAGGAUGUAUUUCCAUUUAUUCAAGACUAUUUUGUGCCUUUUCAGCAGUGUUUUAAAAUUAUCCUUGUGUAGGUUUUGUGCAUUUCUUGCUAAGCUUAUCCCUAAGUAUUUAAUUUAUUUGCUAGUAAAUGAGAUUUCCUCUGCCAUUAUGUCUUCUAACUGGUUAUUGCUCUCUCUAUAAAAGCUACUGAUUUUGUAUGCUAAUAUAUCUUGCUACCUUACUUAAUUUUUUAAAAAAAUAAACAACAGAAAUUUAUUUCUUAUGGUUUCACAGUCUGGGAAGUCCAAGAUCAAGGUGCUGGCUGAUUCAACGUCUGGUGAGAGCUUGCCUUCUGGUUCGUAGAUGACACCUUCUAGUUGUGUCCUCACAUGGUGAAGGGGACUAGUUAGCAAUCUGGGGUCUCUUUUAUAAGGGCAUAAAUCCCAAUCACUAGGGCUCCACCCUUCUAAUCUAAUCACCUCCCAAAGGCCCUGUCUUCAAUACCAACACUUUGGGAGUUAGGAUUUCCACUUGUUUUUGGGAGACGCAAACAUUUAUACCAUAGCAGUCAGUAACAAACUCUUUUUGUUUUGCAGCCAAAGGUCAGUCAGUUUUUAUCCUCUUAGCUUAGUAUAAUUUAAGCCCUAAAACCAUGAAAUGCAUGGGAAAGGUUUUUUUUCUUUUUCUUUUUCAACUUUUAUUUUAGAUUUGAGGGGUACAUGUGCAGGUUUGUUACCUGGGUAUAUUGCAUGAUGCUGAGGUUUGGGGUAUGAAUGACCUGUCAUCCAGGUACUGAGCAUCCUUACAGAAUUCUUUUACUUUUGAAGUUAGUUUUAUCAUUGGUCCUCUAGAAAAACAAACAAAAGAAAACAAAAAUUAUUUCUAAACACCCAGAAGAAUGAUAAGAAAUGAAAAAAAUCUAUAGAAGUAAAAAAUGAUGUGAAAGCUUAAACCUGGGAAAGCAAGUAAGACAAAAGCCAUCUUUUACCUUGAAGAUAUCUACUAAGCCCUGAUUACCCUGAGCCUCUGUUGUGCUGACUGAGAUGGGUGCAGGAGGUAAAGCAGGGCCUGCUCAAGGCAGGAAGUUUAAUCUGAGAUCUCCCACAAAGUGGGGACCCUCCAAGUGCUACCCUUACUGUAUAAAGGUAAGCACUAAAUAAGCCACCAAGCAGAAAUAACAGGAAGGAAAAUUGCCUUUCUUGACCUUGGCCCUGGGUGGAGGAAAAGCUGUUCCUCUCCCACCAACCUAAAAAUGUUUAACAAGUUGUCCCUUAUAUAGAGGAUUGGGGCUCAAAUUUAUACUACUUGUAUGGUGCAAAAUACUGCAUGAGGAAAUUUAAUUUACAGUAGACCCAAGCCAGUUGUAACCCCAGAUAACUACUAGAAGCAACCACAAAUUCUCUCUGGAGGAAUGAACCUUCAAUCCAGGUAUCAGAUAACUCUCACAGAUAAAGUUAUGAAUAUGAACAACUUAAGCCAAUAAAUUUGAAAGCUUAGACAAAAUUCCUAGAGAAAAUAAUUUCUCAAAACUCAUUCAGGGGAAAUAGAAAGCUUGACUAGUUUUGUAACAUUAAACACAUUUAGUAAGUAGUUCAAAAUCUGGGCCUGUGUACUCUGCAGAAAGACUUUAUGGGACCCCCAAAAUGCCAUCAGUUUUUUUUCUGGAGCUUGACACAUUGAUUGUAAAGUUCAUUUGGAAGAACAAAUGAACAAGAGCAGCCCAAGGAAACCCUUUUAAGAGAGCACUUGGUAGGAGGAGGGCUAGUCCCACUACAUAUUAAAACAUAAAGCCUUAACUCUGAAAGUGUGGUAUAGGUUCAUGCAUAGAUCAAUGGAACGAUAUAGAAAAUUCUGAAACAGGCCCAAUUGCAUAUGAAAAUUCAGGAUGCAAUAAAGGUGGUGCCCUAAGUCAGUGGGGGAAAAGAUGGAUUAUAAAAAUGAAUGGUGUUGAGGUAACUGGACAUAGUUAUAUAGCUACAUAUAAAUAUAUAGCUAUACAGGAAAAAGUGGAUCUGUGUCUCACACUAUGCCAGGAUAAUUUUCAAAGCGAUGAGAGAUUUAAUUGUACAAUUUAAACUAUACAACUACUGGAAAAAAAAAAAAGAUGAAUUCCUCUGUGACAGGGGUCAGCAAGCCACAUAGCCUGUAGGCCAAAUCUGACUGACCCAGGGCCUGGUUUUGGGCUGCUGCAAGCUAAGAAUGGUGUUUUGUUUUUUCUUCCACCUUUAAAGUGUUCAAUAACAAAAGAGGAGACCAUGGAACAGAGACUUUAUGUGGUCUCAAACUCUAAAAUAUUUACUAUCCGAACUUUUAUUUAAAAACUGUGGACCCACGCUUUGUAACCUGUGUUAGCUAUUGCAUUAUAAUGCCACUGAACUCAGCUGGGGCACCUCUGCUCUAUGUGUCCCUCAUCUCCUUGGACCAGUACAAAAAUAUACUCCACUACUUUGGUAGAAGGGAAUGUAAAUCCACAUGGCAAAGGAUGGGGAUAUAGGGAACGGAAAAGUUUUGGGACCAAUAAUGUACUCUUCUACACUAAAUACUACUAAAAAUUUAGAUGCAGUAAGAGAUAUAUUUGACUGUUGAAAAAAAAAUCUUGCAUGCAUAUACACAGUAAGCAAACUAAAAUACAAGUGAUAACCCAGAAACAUGGUUGCAACUUACAUCACAGAUUAAAGGCUAAUACUCCUAAUUUAUAAAUAACAUAAAAGUAGAGAAUUUCCUGUAGACCACUGUGGAAGAGAUGAGCAGACAGUUCACGGAAAAAAUGCAAAUGUCUCUCAAACGUGAAAAAAUGCUCAAUUUUCCAUAUAGUCGAUUGAUUUUCACAGAUAUUCUUAUCAUCCCCAUUUAAGAGACAAGGAAACUGAGUCAUAAAGAUGUGAUGUAUUAUGCUUGAACACAAAAAGCUAAGAAGUAAUGGUGCCAAGAUUUGAACCCAGUGAGGCUGGCUCUAGAUGAAAGACUAAUUUACCAUGACUAAAUGAGGCUUAUUUCAGGGAUGCAAGAAUCAUUUAAUAUUAGGAAUAGCUGGGUGUUUCCUUAAUAUGGUAAAAUAUAUUUAUCUCAAUCCAAAGCCUGCGUCGUGCUUAAUUGAGAAUACCAGAAGCAAUUUCAUUAAAGUCAGGAACAAGAAAAAGAUGUCCACUAAUUAUCACUAUUAUUUAAAAAUGUUCUGUAGGAUGUAGGCGAAACAAUUAGACAAGUGAAAGAAAGAUACAGAAAUCAGAAGAGAAAAUUAUGAUUUUCAGAUGAUAGUGAGUUUUUUACUUAGAAACUAAAGAAGACUAACCAGACCUUACAAAAUAAGAAUUUAAUGAAUUAAUUUUCAGAAAUCAGUAGCUUUUACAGGUACAAUGUCUAAUUUCAAGCUCUAAGGGAAGAAAAUACCCAUUUUAUAAUAGCACAAAACAUAAAUGAUAACAUAUUUAGGAAUAAACACAAGAAAUAUUAUUUGUAGAAAAUGUUAAAAUGCUAAUGAGAGAUGAAACAAGACCCAAACGGGAAGAUAAACUACGUUCUGGCAUAGAAAUAUGCAGCAUCAUAAAGAUAUCACUUCUCUCAAUUACAAAUCUAAUGUGACCUUCAAUAAAAAUACCAAUAGAAUUGAAAAAAAUUACAUAAAUUGAUUCUAAAGUUCAUAUUAAAAAAUAGUGAUAGAGGGAGACUACUAGAUAUUAAAAUUUAUACAUCUACAGCAAUUAAAACAGUGGUAAUAAUUUGUGAGUAGUCAUACAGAUGAGUGGAACAGAAUAGUUCAGAAAUAGAUCUAAAUACUUACGAGAAUUGAGAAUAUGAUAAAGGUGGCUUUUCAAUCAGUGGAAAAAAGAUUAGUCAGCAAAUGGGGUGGGAACUACUAGGUAGGGCUCUGGUGAAAAAAAUUAAGUUGGAUCUAUACUUCACCUCUUAUACCAGGACAAAUUACAGACAGUCUAAAGAUUUAAACAUAAAAAAAAAAUACUUUUUCUGAAAGUACAAAAAAAAAAAGGAAAGUUAUUUUAUAACCUAAGACUGGGGAAGGCCUUUCUAAGUAUGACACAAAACCCAGAAGCCAUAAAAGAAAAGAUUGCUAGAUUAGACUUCAUAGAGAUAAAAAAUUUCAUCAUGACAGUAGCACCGUAAGCAAAUGCAAAUGAGAACUUGGGCAAGAAAUGUGUAACUCUGCCAAGAUGAGGGCCUAAGUUAUCUAAAAUAGAAAGAGUCCCUAUCAAUAAAAAAGAAAACACAUUAGCAAUCCAGUAUAAAAAUGGGGAAAGGAGAUUAACAGAGACGUUUAAUAGAAGAGAAAAUACAAAUGACUUUGAAGCAUACGAAAAUGCAUAAUAAUAGAAGUUUUUUCCUACCAAAAAUAAUAAAGUUUGUUAACACACUAUGGCAAGUGUGUAGCUAAAUAGAUGCUCUCAUACAUCGUAUAAACUAGUGCAAACUAUAUCUUGGCAGUAUCUUAUUAAAAUUACAAAGGUUCAUUACAUUUUUAAACCCAGCAAUCCUAGGAAUUUGUCCUACAGAUACAAUUGUAUCUAUACAUGUGAAAUAACAUAUGUCAACAUGAAACUGUAUAGAAAGAUGAAUAUCUAAGUAAAAAGGUUUUAUUGGGGAAUAAUACACAAGAUGUGGGAUUGCAAUCCAGGUCAUACAUACAGACAGACCAAGGUGUUCUCCAGUAUGUCUAGAGAAAAGGAAAAGUUUAGGGUUUCAUUGGGGAAAGAGGAGGUUAUACAAGUCGUUUUGAAAGAAAGUCAUUGGUGGGGAUAGUGUCUUUUGAGAGCUGGCAAGUGCUGAUUUGUGAGUGGUGGCAGUUAUUGAGUGAAAUUUGUGAUCUUAAAAUUAUGUUUUGUUCGAUUGGCCUUGCAUACGAGUCAGUGUGUCAGGCAAGUGUUCUUAGAAAAGUGAUUAGCUGCCCUGCCAUCCUUGUGUGACUUAAGUGGUAAGCUUUGAUUCGUUUCUGUUAUCAGGCAAAUCGCACAUGAAAUCCCUCCUUUCAUAGCCUUCCCUGGCUCCAUUUUGUCAGGGUUUGACACAAGUGACUCCAUUUUGAAUCUGACAACUUUCACAUGAGCAACACUAACCAUUAGAAGUCACCAGAGGUUAGUCAGGUUCAGUCCUCACACAAGGAAGGCAAUUACACAAGGCUUUAAUACCAGGAGGUUGGUCAUUUGAGGUCAUCUUAAAGAGGCUGCCUAACACAUGGGUAAAUGUUUUAAAAACCUAACUAUAUCUGGCUUUCAAGAGGCAUACUUUGAGUGUUAAGAGAAAGAUUGAAAGUAAAAGGACGAUAAAAAACACACCAACCAAAAAAAGGCUGAUAUAGCUAUACAAAUCAUCAGUUGAGAUAAAUGUAAGUCAAGAAGCAUUACUAAGGACACAGAGGAACAUUUCAUAGAGAUAAAAAGAUAAAUCUACCAGAAAGAUAUAGUUUGUAUUUUAAUGCAACUAAUAAUAUAGCUUCAAAACAUAGAAAACAAAAUUACAGACCUAGAAGUACCUAAUAGUACAAGUAGUCAUUAAUAAUAUGGAUGAUUACAACAAAAUGAAUAAUAAAUUUAACCUAAUUGAUGUCUAUAGAAUACUAUAACCAGCAGUGUCAGAAGAGGUAUUCUUUCCAAGUACCCAUUGAAUUUUUACCAGAAUUUAUCAUAUGCUGGUCUUUAAGUCCCAACAAAUUCCAAAGAGUAAAUCAUCUAAAAUAUGUUCUCUGACAAAAGUGAAAUUACUCUAAAAAUCAAUUUUUUUAAAACCCCAGAAAAGCCUGAAAUAUUUAGAAAUUAAACAUUAUAAUUCUAAAUAACUGAUAGUUCAAAAAUAAAUUACAAUAGAUGUUAGACAAUACUUUGAACUAUAUGGCAAUUUUUAAAUGACAUCAAAACUUGCAUUAAAAAGGCUAAAAGUCAGUCCAAGUGCGCAUCUCAAAAAGUAGAAAAAGGAUAGCAAAAAACCCAGAGAUUGGUUCUCUGAAAAGACUAAUAAUAUUGAUAAACCUCUAGCAAGACUGAUUU